GAGCUGAUCGCUAAAAAGUGCAGAGCCUUGGAGCAGCAAAUUCUGAGUCAAAGGACUCAAGACCAUGAUGACCCUCUUGAGCUACACCGUCUUACACAGACUGAAAUUGAGAUCAUCUUUGAAAAGGAAGUUCAAGUGAAGAAAGGCGGACGGUUUGGAUACGGUUCAAUUCCCAAAAAUGCUGACCCAAAUGCCAUUGAUACUUCUGCAUUUUUCGAAGAAGAGCAUAUUGAAACACAAGAAGAGCUGAACAAAGCAAAUAAAAAAAUUGAUGAGAUGGGGUUGAAGCUUAAUGAUGUUGACUUUUGGGCUUCUAUAAUGAGAAGUGCAUAUCCAAAUCUGGUUCCACCUUUAGAUGAGAGCAAGCGAAAACCCAGACCUUUAAAUUUUAGUUUUAUUCUUAUUUUUUCAUCAUGUUUUAAGUCUUUUCUUUUAUAG